AUGCCGCCUGUGCGUGCGCGCUCCACGAAAAAGCCACCCCCGGCCGGCUUCGACGACAUAGAAGACACGCUCCUGGAAUACAGCAACAAGAUGCGCGACGCGCAAAAUGCCUCCCACGAAGGCAAAAAGAAGCAUGAAGUCCUCUGGCCGAUCUUCCAGAUCUCGCACGCCCGCUCCCGCUACGUCUACGACCUGUAUUACACCCGCGAAGCCAUCUCCAAGCAGCUGUACGAGUGGCUGAUCAAGAACGGGUACGCGGACGCGGCGUUGAUCGCCAAGUGGAAGAAACAGGGAUAUGAGAAGCUGUGUUGUCUGCGGUGCGUGCAGACCAAGGAGACCAACUUCGCCGGCACGUGUAUAUGUCGGGUGCCCAAGGCGACGUUAAAGAGGGAUGGAGAGGAGGGCGGCGGUGGUGGUGGAGGGGGCAUUCAGUGUGUGAAUUGUGGGUGUCGGGGCUGUGCGAGCAGUGACUGA